AUGGCUUCAAAUUCCUCGCCGCAAUCGACCGAUAUAAGACCGUCAUCCCGACGACAACAACAACAACCACCACCACCACAAGAACUGCCACCAGGAGCUACCUCCCCUUCAACCCUAGACGAAAAGACGCUCGCCUCGGCCCGCGAAUCCCCGCGGCCAACCGCCAGCCAUGAUGUCAACAACAAUGACCACCUCCCCCUGCACACGGGCGACCUGCCGCCCGUGGAGAAGCAGCUCACGCCGGCCGAGAAGUUUGCCCGCUCGCUGCGCGUGCGCCCGACGGGCGAGUCGGGCCGCAGCGGCGUCCACCCGCUGCUCUUCCUGCGCAACACGAUCCGUUCGUCGUCGCGGGCCGCCCGCGUCGUCAACGUCCUCUGGCCCGUGGUCCCCGCCGCCAUCGCCGUGCGCUACGCCAUGAAGGACAACCACCUCGUCAUCUUCAUCCUGAGCUACCUGGCCAUGGUGCCCUGCGCCAACCUGAUCGGGUUUGCGGGCCAGGAGCUGAGUCGCAAGUUUUCGCAUGUGUGGGGGGUUUUGAUUGAGACUACCCUCGGCAGCUUGGUCGAAAUCAUCAUGUUCGUCGUCUUGAUCACUAGGCCUCCCGAGCCGGGGAUCGAUUAUAUCCAGGUCAUCCGGGCCGCUAUCCUUGGCUCAGUUCUGGCGACCAUGCUACUGUGUCUAGGCCUAUGCUUCUUUGCGGCGGGCAUGAAGAGGGAGGAAACCGAGUUCAGUGAGGCCGUCAGUGAGGCCGGCAGCGGGUUGUUGUUGACAGCCGGCUUCGGCCUCGCCAUCCCAACCGUAUUCCAGCACUCUCUUAACGGGUCAGGGAAGCUCACCGCAGAGGAGCUCAUGGACAAGACGAUCGAGAUUUCACGCAGCACCGCCGUCCUCCUCAUAGUGGCCUACCUGAUCUACGUCUUCUUCCAAGCCCGCACGCACCACGGCAUCUACGACGCCAUCUUCAUCGAGGACACGGAGCGUGACGACGACAAGCACAAAGAAAGAAUGCACCACCGCCUGACCUUCACCGAGUGCGUCCUUGCCCUGGCCGUCUCCAUCGCCCUCGUCACCAUCAUCGCCCUCGCCCUGGUGGACCAGAUCCAUUACCUCGUCGAGGAGCGCCACGUCUCAGACUCGUUUGUCGGCCUCAUCCUCGUGCCCCUGGUCGAGAAGGCGGCGGAGCACCUCACGGCCGUCGACGAGGCCUACGACAACCAGAUGAACUUUGCCCUGUCGCACGUGCUGGGCGCGACGCUGCAGACGGCCCUCUUCAACGCGCCCUUGGUCGUCCUUGUCGGCUGGGGGCUCGACAAGCCCAUGGGCUUGAACUUUGAGGUGUUUGACCUGGCGGUGCUGCUGCUGGCCAUAAUCACCGUCGGCAACUUUCUGAGGGACCAAAAGUCAAACUACCUCGAGGGAGCGCUGUGCGUCAUCGUCUACGUUGCUAUUGCUGUGGCAGCGCUGUAUUAUCCAAACCCCCACCAUCCUGCAGCGUCGGCAGGGGAGGCAGCGCAUCACUGA